GAAAAUCCAAAAAAAGAGUGUGAUCACACGUCAUCAGCUACUAUGGGAAUUCCCCUAUUAUCGUUUGAACUGAAAACAAAACUGCAAAACGAGAUUACUUUCUGAUCGUGGACAAUUUGCUUUUCAACUUCAGAGCACGUCGUCGUGAUCCUGUGUAGGUUAUCUGCUGCAGUGUCAGCUGGAGUACUGAAUUAGGUGUUACUGGAUCAUUGCACCUCUGCGGAUUUCUUGUGUUGGCUUUCACGGCUCCUGGAAGUCACGGAUGUCAAGUCAGAGAGGUAGAGCUAGAAUCGUUUUGCGUUUCAUCCGGUGAGAAAAGUGAUCUCACAGUCAUAAGUCAUAGCAAGAGAACGUUUCACGUACUCUUGGUCAUAACACGAAGCUUUUCUUCUACAAUUACUACAACUUACAUGGGCAAGAUCUCCAGAUGGACACUUGCAGCUCAGUGUGUUAGUGGAAAGAAGCAGUGAAUGUGCAUUUGUCCCAAGCUCUGGAUUUGCAAGCACCACACAUCAACAGUGCCUGUCCUGCGUGCGUUGGGCCUGGAAGUAGUGGAGUUCUAUAUUUGAGGAAGCGUGGACUACGGUGGUCUUCAACAACUGUUGUGAUACACUGCCUCGUUAGCCAGUGAUAUUGAAAAGCACUGCACACGCUGUUAACGAUGGGAGGUGGGCAGAGCAGCACCGGGGGCAGCAGCACAACCUCACAGCCAGUAUCACCUCUGCAAGUAGCAGCCGGACAGUGCUUCGACGAACUGGCAGACACCGAUCAGGUCGUGACGGCGGCGGCGUUUGAGCAUUUGUUCUCCGGACCGGCGCCCGGCUUUGGCAGCCGUCUCUUCAAGGCCUUGUUUGGCCAGGAGAAGCCCAAAGUCGGCAAGCCUGCGUUUGUCGAGGCAUUCGCCAGGCUUCUGAGCCGCGAUGCGAGGCAAUCAGAAACUAUUGUCAAGUAUUUGACUGUGUUCUCGGAUGGUGGACGUGUGCAACCCCUUGCUGCAUUGACGUGUGCUUGCAAGCUGGCUAUACAGCUCUCAGCGGCAGGUGGAGAUGACGAGGCGACUGUUGAUGUGAGCUCCGUGCACUUCCUCGAGGCUGCAGCCAAAUCCGUCGGUGAGUCGAGCUCCCUCACAGUGAAUGAUGUGAGCGAAUGGGUACAGUGUAACAUGCCAGGACUAUUUGAUGCCUUGCACUGCUGGCUAGAGCGAGCGAUUUGGUCGUCGGGUAGUGGAGCCAGCGAUGUGUCGGCGUUCGAACUGCCACGAUUGGUUUCGAGCAGUGGCUCGCCAGCAGCGUCUGAUCUUCUAGGCGUGGACGGGAUGUGGCUGCUGUCCACGUUCUUACCGCCGUGUUAUUUAGGACAUCACAAGGCCAAGAUGGCCAGCAGUGGUGCCGCUGCGGCCACGUCGAGCACCGGUGCGUCAGCCGGGGGGCAAUGGAACCUACUGUACAACAGCCGUGAUCAGGGCCUCAGCCUGAACCGCUUCAAGCACCACGUGAUGGACUACCGCGGCCCGAACGUCUGCUGCAUCCGCUGCGAUCGCGACACGGUGUUUGCGCUGGGCGUGGACGGCGAGUGGCGCGAGUCGUCGACCGCGUGGGGCGGCAACGAGUGCGUCCUGGCGCAGCUGCGUCCCGCCGUGUGCCCGCUGGCGUCGGGUCCGCGACUACUGGUGCUGAACGAGAAGACGCGCGGCAUUCGCCUGGGACUGUCCGUUGGCCGUGAUCAGUCUCGACCGGCGCUUACCAUCGAUGAGAGUCUGGACAAGCUCACCGUGUCGCCGCCGCCAUCCUCCUCUGCUGGCCAGUCCAGGGAGCAGCUGACGGUGCGUGCUGUGGAGGUGUGGGGCUGUGGCGGAGCAGACUUGCAGGACGCUCAGCGCAAGCAGAAGGACUGGGACAAGAAGCAAGUGGAGCGCCGCCGUCAGGUGAAGCGUCCCGGCCGCUGGGAAGAGAACCCGGACGCCAUGCUGCUCGAGUGGGGAGGCGUUCAUACUACCAGCAACUUUGGCGUCGAUCGGAAGGGGGACGAAGACAAGGAGUGACCUAGAGAUGAUGUUCAUGUUGCGUGAAGCAGUUCCACUGCACGAGUUCAUACACUGACCACCAGCUGCUAACAUCGUACCUUGAGCAGCGUGUGUGCGUGUGUGUGUGCUGAACAUCAUGGCUACAACUGUGAGCGUCUCCACCGGCACACUCGUUCGCAGUACUGUUGCUGCAGUGGACCGCAGGGCUGUAUUUCCACAGCUGAAUGCAGACAAGCAUGUAGUUGCAACAGAAACUUCAUUAAUCGAACAGGCGAAAUCCAACCUAGCGCAUGCGUCGGCACGACUCAAUCCAGUCUCAGUGUGUCUUGCAUGGUAGACCUGGCUACCUCACCUGGUACCUACACCAACAGUGCCCAAUGCGCCUGGUUCAUACAUCAGCAGUGCUCAGUCAUCUCUGUGACUAUGGUUCGCAUUGUACCUGGUGCAUACAGUUGUGCUCAGUUCAAUCCUGGUGUGGCCUGCAUGGAUUGGUGCCUGGUGCGUACAUCAGCAGUGCCCAAGGUGCCUGGUGCCUACAUCAGCAGUGCCCAAGGUGCCUGGUGCGCACAUCAGCAGUGCCCAAGGUGCCUGGUGCGCAUAUCAGCAGUGCCCAAGGUGCCUGUUGCGCACAUCAGCAGUGCCCAAGGUGCCUGGUGCGCACACCAGAAGUGCUCAGUAGAGUCUCUUGCAUGGUGUCUGGUGAUGGUUUGCACUAGGUGAUGCUCUUAGGUUUGCAUCAGCUAGCCCAGGUCAGAUUUCACUGGCCACGAUCCGAGAACGGGUUGUAUUCACCUGAACAAAGUGAGCCCUCGAUGUGCACUUCAAGACAAGUUUGUAUGAUCCACGUAUCAUGCCAUUCAGGGCCUUGACUGGAUCCAACAGCAUGGAUUACUGACACCGCACAAUGCUGUAAAUGACUGUAUACAAUGUACGCUGCUGUAAGCGUAUACACACAUGUUUGUGCAAGCAAAUUCGCUGCACUAGCACUGACUGCAGCUGGUCUGCAUGUUCACUUUCACUACGUAUACAUUCUAAUUUUCUAUCAAUCGAUUCAAGGCGAGUUCAUGAGACUCCCCCGUUCUUAUUCAGUUCAAAGCAAUGCUAUUUUUCUCCUCUUGCUACACCUCCUGCCUUUGUCUCGAGGACUUUACAGCUGAUUGCCAGCUAUUGCAGUUUAGUUCCCCAUGAAACACUAGCGUUAACUCUGUCCAGCCCAAUCACUGUACAUACGUUAUGAUAUCUGAGGGAAGAUCUCAUUA